AUGAUCGCCACCGGAGGCCUGCUGCGGAUCAACAGGAGGCAGGACUCGCUGCGCUCCAAGAGCCGUGCCGAGAACAAGCGCAAGAGGAAAGCCAAGAAGAAGCAGAAGAACGAGGUGGUGGUGGUCAAGGGCAAGCUGAAUCUCUGCUCCAUCUCGGGGGUGGUGGCGGCAAUUGGGAUUCUGAUCCUACUGGUGGGCAUUUCCAUGGCCAUACUGGGCUACUGGCCUAGGGAGAGCCCACUAUACCCUGCGCCGCGCCAUACCCAAAGGAUUUACGACAAGAAGGAAGAGUCAGGGCUGACAGGCAACUGGACGAACAACGCCAAGGUCGGAUUUCACAUGGAUAGGGAUUUGGUCAGUAACAAUCGUUCCAACGGCACAGGUUUAGAGCAGCCUCCUAUGGGCUUCCUGGCCGAGUUUUUGGAUAAGUACCUGUACUCAGACAAACUGAAGGUGUUCGGGCCCCUCAUCAUGGGCAUUGGCAUCUUUCUGUUCAUCUGCGCCAACGCGGUGCUGCACGAGAACCGUGACAAGAAGACCAAAGUCAUCAACCUGAGGGACAUCUACUCCACAGUCAUCGACAUCCAUAGUUUGCGGACUAAGGAGAACACGCCGCUCAAUGGCUUUGUGAACUAUGUGCAGUCCAAAGGGGUGGAAGGGAACCCUAGUGCUGCGUAUACCGCCGCCCUGCUGGCCAAAGGAACCUGGCCCUCAAGGGGCUCGCCGGAUGAGGGCAGUCGGGGCCCCUCCAGAUGCCACUCCCUGACCAGGUCAAGGGUCUCGUCACUCGAGAGGCAGACGUUCACCGACACAGUCUACACUAUCUCCAGACACAGAGGGGCCGGCCAGCAGAGCAGCCCUAUUGCCAUCCCCAAACAGUGGGAGACCAAGACAAUAGUGGCCUCUUCGGUCAACGCCUUCACUCUCCCCAUGACCAAACCCAACCACCGGGCCAACCAGCACCAGCGCAGGCCCUCGGCCAAAGCAGAGGCGGGGAGGAGCAGGGCUGCGCUGUGCGACUCUGGGGAGGAAGACGACGAGGCUCGGGUGGGGUACGUAAUUCCAGAAACCACCACUCAGGCCAAGGUAGAGACUUUGCGGACGGCCAUGUUCUUGCCUCAAGACUCGGUAGAAGUAUACAAGAGCAGUGGUAGCCUCCAGGGGGCGCCGCAGGGCUCCCAGGUGCAGCUACUCCCCUCUUCCCCCACCGGACACAGAGUGACAGGCUCCCACCUGUCCCUCAGUGCACUGACGGAAUACUCCAGGUCCAUCGAUCUGGGCAUCACUCCAUCCACCCCCACCGAUUGGAAAGUGGAACGUUCUCGGCGACUCAGCUGCCCUCGUCUAGAGGUACUGGGAGGCGGUGGGUACAUCAAACUGGGCAACCUGGGGGGGGAGUCAUUUGAGUCAAGGGAGUCAUGUGAGAUGACUGCCUUCAGCCAAUUGACCUCAGAGGAGGCUCUGGCUAAGUGUCAGAGGGAAGGAGGAGGAGCCAAUGAACAGGAGAUCAGUUCCGGGGAACCACAGGACAGGGGCUCAAGGCGAUACUCCAACAAAGAUAAACUUUUUAUGAUCUCUCAGUCAGACUCCGUUUUGGAUGAUGAGGAGGUGGAGAGCACAGACAUAUGA